GCCAUGGAGACCCCGGGCCCGGUCGCCAUGGAGACGGCGGCGGCCCGGCGGCGGCGGCACGCGCUGCUCGUCGUCAUCGGCGAGGUCGGCACCGAGGCGGAGCGCGCGGCGCUGCGGGCCGCCCUGGAGCGCGGAAUUCGCUCAUGGGACGUUGACCUUCUCUCGUGUGACCUGAAUCAACAGCUGCGACUCUUUGUGACCCGGCACCUUGCUCAGUUCUCUUCAGAGGUCAAAGGCCAAAGGACCCUGCACCACCGGAGCGAUUCCCUGGAGACCGUGAUCCUGGUGAACCCCAAUGUGGAGAGCGUCGUGUCGGAGGUGCGCUCGCUGGUGUGCGAUCCGUCUGCCCACAAGCUGCUGAUCCUGUGCGGGCAGAGCUCCGACCAGGAGGGGGACCUCAUCCUGCAGGCCGGGACCUUCAGCUACCAGAGAUUUGCCGAGAUCCUUGAGGAGCCGCAGGUCACCCAGAUCCUCAGCAACGCUGACCCCAGCACCAAGGCCUCCCUCUCUGUGCUCUGCGUGGGAGAAGGCGACUGGAGCAACCUUGGGCAGCCGCGGUUCCAGGAGCUCCUUCAUCUGAGGCUGAACCCAGAGCCGGUCUUGCCGGAGAUGGACGGGGUCUCUGAAUUCGCUGAGUACGUGUCCGAGACCGUGGACGUACCGUCGCCGUUUGACCUGCUGGAGCCCCCUACCUCUGGGGGCUUCCUGAAGCUUUCCAAGCCCUGCUGCUACAUCUUCCCGGGCGGACGUGGUGACUCCGCGCUCUUUGCCGUCAAUGGGUUCAACAUCCUGGUGGACGGCGGCUCCGAGAGGAAGUCCUGCUUCUGGAAGCUGGUGCGGCACCUGGACAGGAUCGACUCCAUCCUCCUGACCCACAUCGGGGCUGACAACCUCCCAGGCAUCAAUGGGCUGCUGCAGAGGAAGGUGGCCGAACAGGAAGAGGAGCAGUCCCAGGGCUCCACCAACUACAGCGACUGGAUGAAGAACCUCAUCUCGCCGGAGCUCGGAGUGGUUUUCUUCAACGUCCCCGAGAAGCUCAAGAUGCCCGAGUCGUCCGUGAAGGUGAAGAGGAGCAUCGAGGAGGCCUGCCUGACGCUGCAGUACCUGAGCAAGCUGGGCAUCAAGGCAGAGCCCCUGUACCGCGUGGUCAGCAGCACCAUCGAGCCCAUCACGCUGUUCCACAAGAUGGGCGUGGGCAAGCUGGACAUGUACGUGCUGAACCCCGUCAAGGACAGCAAGGAGAUGCAGUUCCUCAUGCAGAAGUGGGCAGGGAACAGCAAGGCGAAGACCGGCAUCAUCCUGGCCAGCGGGAAGGAGGGCGAGAUCUCCGUGCCUUACCUGACAUCCAUCACAGCCCUGGUGGUGUGGCUGCCCGCGAGCCCCACGGAAAAAAUCGUCAGGGUCCUGUUUCCUGGAAACGCUCCCCAAAACAAAAUCCUGGAAGGUCUUGAGAAGCUAAAGCACCUGGACUUCCUGAGGUACCCGGUUGCCACUCAGAAGGACAUCUCCUCUGGCAUGCCACCGCCAGCGCUGAAGCAGACCAAGAUCAAGCAAAGAACGGACAGCAAAGAGAGCCUGAAAUCCUCCCCCAAGCCAGCUGCAGUGAAGCAAGUCAGGAAGGAAGAGGCGGUAGAGGAGGGGGCCAAGGACACGAAGCCAGAGGUGGCGAAGGAGGCCAAGCCCGAGAAGAAAGCAAAAGAGCACACAGAGAAGGGGCCGGAGAAACCUGCAAAGCCCGAGAAGAUCAAGACAGAGUCGAGCGAUGCCCUCAGAGCCGAGAAGAGGAAACUGGCCAAGGACAAGGCGGGCAAGAAGCACCUCAAGGAGAAGGUGUCUAAGCUGGAGGAGAAGAAGGACAAAGAGAAGAAGGAGAUUAAGAAAGAGAAAAAGGACUUGAAAAAAGAGGAGGGAAAGAAAGAGGAGAAGAAAGAUUCCAAGAAGGAAGAGAAGAAGAAGGAGGCCAAACCCGAGCCAAAGAAGGUGCCCAAGCCGGACCUGAAGCCAUUCACCCCGGAAGUGCGGAAAACACUGUACAAGGCCAAAGUCCCCGGCAGAGUCAAGGCAGAGAAGGUCAAGGCCAAGCCAGAGAAGGAAGCGCCCGUGGAGCAGAGGUUGCCCGUGCAGAAGGCGCUGGCUCAGCAGGGGCCGGCGGGGACCGACGUGGCCAAGCAGAGGCUGGUCCUGUCCUCGCCCGAGGACCUCACCAAGGACUUUGAGGAGCUGAAGCAGGAAGAGACGGGGGAGGAGCAGCCCGCCCAGGCCAUGCCUGAUGCCGCUGCUUCCCUGAGGGGCCCUGGGCCAGCCGUGCCGCCUUGCCUUGGAGAAGGGCUGGCUAUCUCAAAGCAGGCAGUUCCCUUGGAUGCUGCGGAUGAGACAUUCCCCACGGCGCAUGGGGAAGGAGAGUUGCCAGGGGAGGAGAAGCCAGUCCCUGGACUGGGUCUAGGGCUCGGACAGGCCGGAAGGUCUGAGGGUGAAGGCGCGGCCGUGGAGGAGCCUCAUGAAAUAGCAGAGCUCGGAGACGAAGCCAAGAGGCUCCCGAGCGCCCAGCUCCUCCCAGAGGUUCCUGGCAAAGGGGCAAGAGAGGAGCAAGCCCUGGCGCCAGCACCGGCACACCCCGAGCCAGCCGCUGCAGACGUGCGGGCCCCGGGCCGCGCGGAGGAAGAGCAGCACAUCUCCCUGGACGCGCAGCAGAGCCAGGCAGACGCCAAGGCACUGCAGGGGCCAGAGGCAGGCGAUGGGACUGAGACGGAAAGGAGAGAGGACGUGAUAGAAAAGGCCGAGCUGGAGGAGAUGGAAGAGCAGCACGUGCCGGCCGAGGGGGCGACGCGGGGCAAAGACUUGUAUCAGCUGCCGCGGGGCGGGAAGGAGGGCGCGAGACCCUCGGCCCCAGAGGACCAGGGCAGGAGGAGCCCGUUCCCGGAGAGGGAGGGGGCGAAGGAGGCGGCGCUCGCGAGCAGCCUGCCCGCACCGCCCGGGGCCGCAGCGGAGCACGUCUCCUACAUCCAGGACGAGACCAUCCCCGGCUACUCGGAGACCGAGCAGACCAUCUCCGACGAGGAGAUCCACGACGAGCAGGAGGAGCGGAUCCCGCACCUGAAGUACGACGUCAGUGCCUACGACAUCUCCGUGCCCGAUCGCCCGGGCUCCUUUGAAGCUGUCCACGGCAUCCCGGCCGUGCCCGUGCCCGAUGUGGCGGCCAAGGGCUAUGCCGGGCAGGAAGCCGAGAUCCUGGCGUACCCCACCAACAUCGUGGCGGCCCCGCUGGCAGAAGAGGAGCACGUCUCCUCCGCCACGUCCAUCACCGAGUGCGACAAGCUCUCCUCCUUCGCCACGUCCGUCGCAGAAGACCAGUCGGUCGCCUCCAUCACGGCGCCGCAGACCGAGGAGACAGGCAAGAGCUCCCUGCUCCUGGACACAGUGAACAGCAUGCCCUCCUCCCGCACGGAGGCCACCCAGGGCCUGGAUUACGUGCCCUCCGCCGGCACCAUCUCGCCAACCUCCUCCCUGGAGGAGGACAAGUGCUUCAAGUCUCCCCCGCCAGAAGACUUCCAGGCCCUGGCAGAAGCAGAGAGACGGUUUGAGGCCCAGAAGAAGAGCCAGCACGAGGAGGCAGAGGAGGAGGAGGACGAGGAGGAGGAUGGGACCCCCAACAUCGAGGUGCCCGGGCGGCUCCACGGCCACUACGGGGCCCCGCUGUUCACGCCACAGGACCGCGGUACCGAUGUCCCCGCUGACGGCCCCCGGGAAGAGCCGCAGACGCCUGUGCUGCCUCUGCCCGCCGAGGAAGCAAGGCUGUCCCAGCUGGACUCGGGCUCUGCAGAAGCCGAGGAGCGAUGCAUGAGCCCUGACGACAGCACCGUCAAGAUGGCAUCACCAACGCAGUCCGGCCCCACGAGCGCCGGCCACACGCCUUUCCACCAGUCCCCGGUGGAGGAGAAGCUGGACGCCGUGGAAGCAGAGCUCUUUGAGAAGGUAGCGGAUGCGGCUGUGAAGGAGGAAGAGGGCCUGGCCCCCUGCAAGGGGGAAGGGGCUGCGAGCACAUCCGAGCCACCGAGCGACGAGGCAGCUGCCGCUCAGCGCGCCCCCGGGCAAGAGCCGCUUGCGGUCCUGCAGGAUGCGCCGGCCGAGGAGAGCAGCGUGGCAGCGCCGGCGGAGGCUGCGUCUCCCACAGACAAAGCGGAGGAGCUGCCCGUGGCCCGGGAGGAGCUGCCCUGGCUCUCGUACCACAAGCAGGAGACGAUUGUGAUCGGGGACGAGGACGACCUCCCCGAGCCGCCCGCCCCCAGCACAGACGCCUUCCCGGAGCCAGGCCAGGAGCUGGAGUUCGAGGACGAUUCACUCCAAUUCGCCAAAUGCACAGACUCGGGGCCGGCUGCUGCCCAGGGACUGUCUCCGGAGCGCGUGGCAGCGCCCCACGUCCCAGAGCAGAGCAGCCCUGAGAGCGCCAAGUCCCCAGAGGUUUCCCUUCGAGAGGCUUCCCCGGAUGACACCAAAUCCCUGUCUUUUACUGAAGGGAGCCCCAGUAAAGAGAAAUCGCCAGACAUUUCUAUUAAAGAAACAUCUCCAGGAGACGGAAAGCUGUCGUCUUUCUCGGGAGACAGCUUAGAAAAGGAUAAGUCUCCCCCGGUUUCCAUUAAAGACAUUUCUCCAGAAGACACCAGAUCCAUUUCUCUCACCGAAGAGAGUCCUGGCAAGGUGCCGUCUCCAGACAUUUUCCUUCGAGGAACCUCUCCCGAAGACGCUAGAUCUCUUGCCGUCGCAGCAGAGCACGCCGCUGAAGAGCAGAUCGCGGCCGUGGCGGUGACAGAGUCGCGUCCAGAUGCUGCCAGAGCCUCGCCCCGCGGGGGGCAGAGCCCAGUCCCGGGCGGGAAACCGCUGGAAACUGCCGGCACGGAUAUCCUCCUGCAAGAGCCCAAAUCCCCUCCUCUCCCGGGACACAGCCCCGUGAGAGACACCUCGGCCGCAGACAGCUCCUCUGCCGAAACCUCUCCAGACGAUGCCGGGGGGUUUUCUUUAAGAGAAUGGAGCCCGGCCAGGGCCAAGUCCUCGGUGCUCGCCUCUCCGGACGCGAAGGUCUGGGGCGGCACAGAGCCCAGCCCCACUCGGCAUAGAGAGGCCCUGGCUCUCUUCUCAGAAGAUGUGCAGCCCUGUCACGUCCCAGAGGAGAGAGAAGCGGAGGAAGAGAAAUCCCCCGAAAUGGAAGACCUCUAUUUGCAAGAGGUGGGUUAUGAGAGGAAGGUGUGGUUCCCAGAGGUGCUGCAAGGGGGACCGCGCAAGCACAAGUACGAGGAGGAACGCGAGAGCACUUUCUUAGACGAGGGGCCAGACUACGAAAGACCACCGCCGCCCGGGCCCGAGGAGGAGAAGGCCCGUCAGCCCGUGGCACCGGCACGUGGCGCGCUGGGAGACACGGAGCCGGCCCUUUGGGACUCUGACCACGGACGUUUCCCGGAGCAAACGGACUUGGGGAAAGCAGAGCUGUUCCCGAAGAAGGAAACAGAUUUCUGGCGCGCCGAAGCUGACAGGCCGGCGCCGCCGACACCAGACGUGGAGCCCGUCAGCGCGGACUCGGCCCGGGCGCUGACGGAGGCCGAAUGCCUCUCGCUGGAGGCAACGCAAGUGGACACGGCCCCUGCGGUGGUUGCGGUCCCUGAGAAAUGGGGAGCAGCGGGCGCGCCCGCAUCGCCGCCGCCGGCCUCUGUGGAGGAGAGCCAGGCCAGGCCGGCGAGCGCGGCCCCAGGCGGGGAAGACUCACGGCUCGCAGCCAAGCCAGACUACUCCUACCUGGACGAGGAGGAGCGAGCGGUCCUGGACCUGUACGCCAAGUCGCUGGACCGAGCGCUGACCGGCUCCCCGCUGCCCGCCGCGUCCUGCGCGAGCACGGCCCCCGCCGAGCCGCACGAGCUGCCCGGGACCAGGCAGGACGAGUCCCCCGCGCAGGCCAGCGUCCCUGCGGGGGCCGCCGAGGCCGGCGCUCUGCCCCGGGAAGCGCCCGAGUGCACGGGGCUGCCAGACACGCAGCAAGACGCUGACGCCACCUCCGCUGCGGCUCGCGGCCUGGAGGGAAGCGAAGAGCAGAGGGCGGCAGCGUGGCCGGGCCCAGCCGGCGGCGCCGACGCAGCCGCUUCGUCCCCGGGCAGCGCGGCAGGGGCCGGUGAGCCCGGGCUCCCCCUCUCCGGGCAGGAUGCUCCCGGACGAGGGGGCGACGCCGUCGGCUAUGCUGAGGACACGCUCGCCGUCCGCCAGGCGGACUGCCGUCCUGUGGCCUCUCCCAGCCCCUCGGGACCCUUUUCCCUGGAGAAAGAGGCCUUUGAGUCCAGAGGAGAUGACAGCACCAAGAGGCCGGAGCAGGAGGAAAGGGAGCCGACGCCGUACCCGGAUGAGAGGACCUUCCACUACGCAGACGUCUACGAGAAGGUGGUGGUGUCUGGCAUGGGGCUGCCCAGCUUUGGGCGCCUGGAUCAGGACCGGCCAGAGCCCGCGUUCCCCGCCCCGGCGACCAAGAAAACAGCAGGCCGUCACGGGGAGCUGCCGAUCCACAUCUCCGCCAAGGAGGAGGAGUCGUGCCUGUACACCCCCGCCGAGAAGGAGCUGUCCUCUCCCACCUCCCCCCGGGACAGAGGCGACUCCUCGUUCGAGUACACGGACGUGCACGAGCGCCGCUCCCCGCUGCCUGAGGCGGAGAAGCCCCGGGAGGCGCCGGGAGGCCCGGGUGAGCUGGCCUGGGCGACGGCCAGGCUGGACAGGCCGGACGCUGCGCCGUGCCCGCCCUCCCCGGGGGAGCGCGCGCCGGCCCCACCCCCAGACCUCCUCCACGCCUUGUGCCACGAGAAGCCCGCCACAGACGCAGCUCCCUGCGACGACAACAUCCUCUCCCUGCGCCGGGAGCAGCACGCGCCUUCCCCGAAGGAGCCGCCGACCAAAGACACGUACUACGAGAAGGCAGGGCCGGGGGAGGAGAGCGCCAGUGACUCCGAGCUGGAGAAGGGCGCCAAGGAGCGCUCCGAGAAGGAGUCCCGGCUGCCCAGCCCCCCGCGCGUCCCCGGCACGGCCGGCGGGAAGGACGCCUAUGCCGACAGCCCGGCGAUGGAGAAGGCCCAGGCGUCCGCCUCACCGGCGUCGUCUGCCUCCUCGCCCUGCGACUCCCUGCAGAGUGACGAGCGCUGGCUUGGGCAGCCGGUUGCCGCCGCGGAGCCCCACGCCGUGGGGUACGGCCCUCUGCCAGGCCCGGGCAGGGACGGCUGGGCGCCACGCGUGUCCUGCUCCGGCCAGGUGUCUCCGCAGCAGAGGGAGGGUGCGGGGGUGCCCCGCAGGGAGCCCCCCUUCCCUGCCACGCACUCGUCCAGGGCGGAGGGGGCGUUUGAGGGCCAUGGCAAAGAUGCCCGCCUGAAGCCAGCUGCUGCAGGGGAGCAGGAGGAAGAGGAGGAGGAGCUGGCUUUGCCCCCGCAGAGCAAAGGGGCUGAUUUCUCGCCCUCUGGAUUUGGGUUUUCCUCAGCACAGAAGCCCGAGCCAUGUGGCGCGCCGGGCCGCGAGCUGUCCCCUGCGAGCUGCAGGGUGGACAAGCCUCUCGCCCUGAGCCUCCCCGGCGCUUCGCCCCACGACCAGGAGCGGAGCCACGAGUACCUGGAGGUCUCCAAGGCUGCCCUCGGCUUGGAGUCCUCCCUCACCAGGUUCUCGCCCCUGAGCCCGUGCGAGGACAGCCAGCCCCUGCCCGGGUCUGCGGCCGGAGGGGCGGCCCCGCUGCAGCAGCCCCGCGACGACUCCCCCAGCUGCUCCGAGGACGCCUCCUCGGAAGCCACCACGCCAGUGAUACACGCGGCCGCCGAGGGCUUCUACUCCCACGUGCUGGCGGGCUACGCUGGCACGGCCACGGAGCCCGACCGCAGGAGCCUGUGGGACGUGUCCCCGCUGCUGCCAGCAGACCCCUCCGGCACCCAGGUGACGGGCAGCCAGGAGCUGGCCGCAGCCGAGGAGCGGGGCCCUCCCUCCCCGUGCGACAUGGAUGACAGCACGCUGCCGUGCCGUGUCGAGUGCCUUGGCGUGGACACGCGGGGGUCGCACCGCGCCGCCAGCCCCGGGCAGCAGUCCCCCUUCGCGGACCAGCUCGCGGCCAUGACCUCGCUGCCGGACGUGCUGACGUCGUUCCCUCCCCCUCGGCCGGGAGACGCCGCCACGUCCAACGGUCCCACCGAGGUGAGCACGAGCCCCCAGGCCUCGCACAGCGUGCCGCCCCCCGCCGGGGCGCUGCGGCAUCCCGAGGCCAGCGGCAGCCUGUCCCCGUGCUCGGGGGACGAGGACCGGGAGCGGCAGAGCCGUCCGUCCUCGCUGACGUCCCCGGAGCACAGUUUCCAGCCCUUCUUCCCCGACGCGCAGAGGGGCGGCAGGCCGGGGGACCGCGGCGACGCCUCCCACGAGAUGGAGCCACGGCUGGGCGCCGGCUCCGACUACGGGCAGAAGUUCUCGGUGUGCGAGUACAAGCAGAGGAAGGGCGAGCUGUCCCCCUCGUUCAUCAACCCCAGCCCACACGACCUCUCCGAGGACAGCGACCUCUCACAGGACGAGGGGCACCCCUCCGUGAAGGGGAGGCCACAUCACCCCGCCGGGAGCCAGGGGCAGGCCCCCGUGGUGGAGGAGACCCCCCCCACCUCGGUGAGCGACUCCGCGACCUCCCAGUCCGACUCCGACGUGCCCCCCGAGACCGAGGAGUGUCCGUCCAUCACGGCCGACGCAGCCAUGGACUCGGACGAGGAUGCCGAUUUCCUCCCAGUAGACAAGACCGUGGGCACGUCUCACCAUGCCAGCACACGGCCCAGCCACGACCCCCAGCCGGCCCCUAUGGUGGAUCCCCACCCGCACCCCCCGCACCCAGACGUCUGCAUGGUGGACCCGGAAAUGCUGGUCGUGGAGCAGAACGCGAGCAGAGCCGACAAGCUUGCCAAGAAAGACCUGAAGGAGAAGAGCAAAGGCAUGAGGAAGGCCUUGAGCAAGCCCAAGCCAUCCUCGCCUGCCCGCAAGCUCGAGGCCAAAGGAAAGCGGUCGCCCACGCCGGUGAAGCAGCCUGCAGAGCGGUCCCCAAAGGCUGCCACCGCAAAGAAGGAGAAGGAGGGAGGGGAGAAGCCGUCCAAGGCACGCGGCCCCCUUGCGCAGCCCUCGCACGUGGACGAGAAGGACGAGGUGUCCCGCAGCAGCCACAGCAACCCGGGCAAGGGCCUCGUGAACGGCAUCAAAACCAACCCUGUUUCCAGCAGCCCCAAGAGCAGCUUGUCGGUGCCCCCGGGCCCACCCGUGUACGUGGACCUGGCCUACGUCCCCAACCACUGCAGCGGGAAGAACGCGGACCUGGAGUUCUUCAAGCGCGUCCGAUCCUCGUACUACGUCGUGAGCGGGAACGACCCAGCCAACGGGGAGCCCAGCCGGGCCGUGCUGGAUGCGCUGCUGGAGGGGAAGGCCCAGUGGGGCGAGAACCUGCAGGUAACCCUGAUCCCAACACACGACACAGAGGUGACACGGGAGUGGUACCAGCAGACCCAUGAGAAGCAGCAGGAGCUGAACAUCAUGGUGCUGGCCAGCAGCAGCACCGUGGUGAUGCAGGACGAGUCCUUCCCCGCCUGCAAGAUCGAGUUCUAGCUGCCCGGUCACGCCACGCUCAUCCAUCGCCCCGUCUCCAUCGCCGCACUCAGACACCGCCUGCCGCCCAGCCCUGCUGGCGCCGUCCCUGCGUGGUCCUGUGGACCGGGAGAGCGGGCGCCUGCACAGCGUGGUGCUGGGGCUCUGCGUGAGGAGCAUGGGCUCUGCCCAGCCUGGGCUGAGGUGCACCGUGCCGGGGCAGGAGGAGGCCGGGGCACCUUCCCCUCCUGGGUGGAUUUUGCUGCCUGUACAGUCGCUGUAGAAUAACGUGGCUGCCUUCAUGCUGCAAGUGCUUUCCUCGCCCGCAUCCUGGCCACCCCACCCUACGCCACCCUGCCCUGGCGUCACGGCACUGGCCUCUUCCCCCCAGCCUGGCCUGCCACGAGGCUGCAGCACGAGGACAGGCACGAGGGCGGCUGCGGGCUGAGAACUGUGCGAUGCAGAACAGAUGGAGCGAGGAGACGGUGAUGGCCAGUGACGCCCUGCAGCUGCCAGCAAGGCCCAGGACAGCCUGACGCGUGGGAGCUCCGCCACCUCCCGGGGCAUUGGGACACGAGCCCUGGGCCCCGGUGGGCUUGGCCUGGGGUCCGGACCCGCAGGCUUUACCCAAGCUGCUGCAUGUGGCCGAUUCCCUCCCUCCCUCCCUGCAGCUGCGGUGCUGCAGGACGCCCGAGCCGGCAUUGGCACAGAGUGUAUGCUGCUGCCCCGCUGUCCUGAGCUUGCGGCGCGGCGCGGUGGGGCGGGCAGGGCUGGAUGGUGCUGCCCCCCCAGCCUCCAGAUGCACAAACCCCAGUCUCCGCAGUCGCAGGCCUCGCAGGGGCGGGAGAUGAGCCGAGGUGUGGGCAGGCCACGCGUGGGGAGGCAGGGGCUGCGUCUCCUGAAGGAAGGCUCUUGCUACCACCUGCCGGUCGUGGUGCUGCUGGGGCCUGGCACCGGUCUCGCGGGGGCAGCAGAGCCCUGACCAGGCAGCAGCCCCCUCCCCACCAGCCACAGGGUGCGAGGAGCGGGCGACAGCGACUCCCCCAGGACAGCCACCGUCACCCUGCCCCGGCCGUUGGGAAAUGCCGCCCAACCCCGCUGGGGUCGAGGGCAGGUGGAGUCAGGCUGCGCUGGGGCCAGGCGGUGGCACUUGCCCCCCAGCUCAUGCUCUCGCCAUGGUGCCAUGGGCCUGCCACUGCCCUCCAAGGGGCAGGGCCACGCCACUCCCUCCAGGACCCGUGCCCCGCGCAGGGCAUGGGAGGAUGAGGGGGGCCCGAGCACUGGCAGGAGGGUGCCCACAUGGCCCAGGACGGAGGUGGCAGGAUAUGGCUAAGGUGGUCCGCCGGGCCGCACCCCUGCUGCUGUCCCAGCCAGGCCCCCUUGCCUGCAUCCUGCUGCCGUGGUGCCCGGCCCUGCCAGGUCAGAAGCGCAUCUGGGAUGGUUUAUUUUGCUGCCUAAAUUAUGUAUUUAUUUUGGUUUUGGGCUGCAUUGCACGCAGCUGUGACACGUUCAUGUGUGUGCUGCUGCGGUGCUGGCGCCGGUGCCCUCCGGCUGCAGCUCGCAGGGGCGUUGCCACGGCCGCCCAGAUGCAGCCAGGUGAUGGUGGCAUGGCCACGGGGGCUGGGCCACGUAUGUGCGGGCAGCCCGGGGCCAUUGCACGCUGCCUGCAGGCCCAGAGCGGGCGGCGGGGCCGUGGCUGGCAGCCUGGCGCCCCCGGGCAGCGCCACGUGCCGUUCUUUGUCAGCGCUCGCUCCAGAGCGUGUUGGCCGGGAGGGCCUGCUUUCGUUCUCUAUAAGCUGAUUGGGUCAGUACAUAUGAAUGUCAGUUAUGGCAGCCAAUCACAGGCCGGCAGUGACAUGGCCACUCCCCCUGUCACCACUGGCCUCCAUGCUUCCCUUGGGCUUUUGCUGGUGUCGUUCACCGAGUCCUUCCGUCUGCCCGUCCGUCCGUCUGCCCGUCCACCCACAGCCUGUGACUGGCCGCCCGCCGCCCCAGGUGCCUGGACACAGGCACAGCCACGCCGGGCCAGAGGGGCGCGCGCCCUCCUCCCUGAGCCCGUGUCCUCCGCCGCGUGCCUAGGCAGAAGCGCUAAUGCACUAACUCUAGAGCGACCCACGGAUGAAUGUUUCUCAACCUCAAACUUGAAGCACUGCUGGGGGGAGGGCGGGGGGCACCGGCAGCCUCCAGGGCGUGCGCUCGUGCGGUGUGUCCCUGGCCCCGCGCCCGCCCCAAGACCCCGUCCCACUUUUGUAGUUUUGUAGCCAGCUGCGCUGCCGUCAGCUGCCCCUCGCCCCCCGGGCCAGAGGAAACCACUUCUCCAGGAUGCUGGCCUGCCCUGCUCGGGCCUGGCCGCGGCAGCAGGCGGAGGUGCCCCGGCCCAGCCCGACCGGCCGUGACGCUGCAGUAGAGAGAACAUGUAAGCUGCGCUUCUGCUUGUUCUGCAUGUGGACGCCCACGCGUCGCGCUCCGUGUCAUAGGAACCAAACACUUAAAACUAACAACCCAAGUGACCGCGUCUUAACUGUAUUGAACGGGCGACUCGCGCGCCCAGCUCCUCGCUGCUGAAUGUUGUCCGCGCAGCGCCCGGGCCCCUGUGCAUCGCACCACCUGGACUCAAGCUCCUCCUCGCCAUCGCCAUCCGCACACCUGUAACUAGCGCCUGUCAAGGGAGGAGCUGCCCCAUUAAUAAUAAAGACACAUUAACUGCGA